CCAUAAUUAUACACAACAAAUUAAUCGGCACUCUCCCUCCUCAACACAACAUUUCCUACAACUCUGUGGCACACAUACAAUUACACACACUCCCCAAAAUCAAAUCACCCUCUUCUUCUGCUGCACCUCUACUCUCGAAAAAAGCACCCAUCUUUUUAUACCCUUUUUUCAGAAACAAAAGAAACCCAGAAAAAUCUCAACUUUAACAAGAAGAAAAAUCACAAUUGCUAGUAAUUGGGGUAGUUUCUUCUGAUUGACAAAAAUGGCGGGAAAUGAUUGGAUUAACAGUUAUUUAGAGGCAAUUCUGGAUGUGGGUCCUGGUCUUGAUGAUGCAAAAUCAUCUCUUUUAUUGAGAGAAAGAGGAAGAUUUAGUCCUACUCGUUACUUUGUUGAAGAAGUUAUCACUGGUUUUGAUGAAACUGAUCUUCAUCGUUCAUGGGCUCGGGCGCAAGCAACGAGAAGUCCUCAAGAGAGGAAUACUAGAUUGGAGAAUAUGUGUUGGAGAAUUUGGAAUUUGGCUCGUCAGAAGAAGCAGCUUGAGAAUGAAGAGGCUCAGCGAAAGGCAAAACGACGCAUGGAGCUUGAGAGAGGUCGUCGAGAAGCAACUGCUGAAAUGUCGGAGGACUUGUCCGAGGGAGAGAAGGAUGUUUCAGCUCAUGGUGAAAGCAACCGUCCUAGGUUGCCAAGAAUAAAUUCUCUUGAUGCCAUGGAGACUUGGAUCAGUCAGCAAAAGGGGAAAAAGCUCUACCUUGUUUUGAUAAGUCUUCAUGGUUUGAUACGAGGUGAAAAUAUGGAACUUGGUCGUGAUUCUGAUACUGGUGGUCAGGUGAAAUAUGUGGUUGAGCUUGCAAGGGCUCUUGGUUCGAUGCCAGGAGUUUAUCGAGUUGAUUUGCUAACUAGGCAGGUUUCAUCUCCUGAUGUGGAUUGGAGUUACGGAGAGCCUACUGAGAUGCUGAAUCGAACAGAUUCCAAUGGUUUUGAUGAUGAUAAUGAUGAUGAUGAGAUGGGAGAGAGCAGUGGUGCUUACAUUGUUCGUAUACCUUUUGGACCUAGAGAUAAAUAUAUUCCAAAAGAAGAGCUUUGGCCUUACAUUCCAGAAUUUGUUGAUGGUGCUUUAAACCACAUAGUUCAGAUGUCCAAAGUUCUAGGUGAACAAAUUGGUGGUGGGGAAACAGUUUGGCCAGUUGCCAUUCAUGGACAUUAUGCUGAUGCUGGUGAUUCUGCUGCUCUGCUCUCUGGUGCUCUAAAUGUUCCCAUGCUUUUAACUGGGCAUUCUCUUGGCCGAGACAAGUUAGAGCAGCUCCUCAAACAAGGUCGAAUGUCUAAAGAGGACAUAAAUAAUACAUACAAAAUGAUGCGUAGGAUAGAAGCCGAAGAGCUAUCACUUGAUGCCUCUGAGAUAGUCAUAACUAGUACAAGACAAGAAAUAGAAGAGCAGUGGCGGCUCUAUGAUGGGUUUGAUCCUGUGCUAGAACGUAAACUCCGAGCAAGGAUGAAGCGUGGUGUAAGCUGUUAUGGAAGGUUCAUGCCCCGUAUGGUUGUUAUUCCUCCUGGAAUGGAAUUCCAUCAUAUUGUUCCACAUGAGGUUGAUUUGGAUGGUGAAGCAGAAGAAAUUGAAGAACAUCCCACAUCACCUCCGCCUAUCUGGACUGAGAUAAUGCGCUUCUUUACUAACCCAAGAAAACCAAUGAUCCUUGCCCUUGCUAGGCCUGACCCAAAGAAGAACAUUACGACUUUGGUCAAAGCAUUUGGAGAAUGUCGUCCAUUAAGGGAGCUAGCUAACCUUACUCUUAUUAUGGGUAAUCGGGAUGGUAUUGACGAGAUGUCUAGCACCAGCUCUUCAGUUCUCAUGUCAGUGCUUAAGCUAAUUGAUAAAUAUGACCUUUAUGGUCAAGUAGCAUAUCCCAAACAUCACAACCAAGCUGAUGUUCCUGAAAUUUAUCGUUUGGCAGCAAAGACGAAGGGAGUCUUUAUUAACCCAGCUUUUAUUGAGCCAUUCGGGCUAACUUUAAUAGAGGCAGCAGCUCAUGGUUUACCAAUGGUCGCUACAAAAAAUGGAGGCCCUGUUGAUAUCCAGAGGGUUCUCGACAAUGGCUUGCUUGUGGAUCCUCAUGAGCAGCAGUCUCUUGCUACUGCUUUGCUGAAGCUUGUUGCAGAUAAGCAAUUAUGGGCAAAAUGUCGGCAGAAUGGACUGAAAAAUAUCCAUUUGUACUCGUGGCCUGAGCAUUGCAAGACAUACUUAUCUCGAAUAGCAAGUUGCAGACAAAGACAGCCUCAGUGGCAAAAACCUAGUGAUGAAGGGAUUGAAAAUGAGGAGACUGAAUCUCCAAGUGAUUCGUUAAGAGACAUAAAAGAUAUAUCCCUAAAUUUGAAAUUCUCAAUAUCAUUAGAUGGAGAUAAGGGUGAAGAUGUUGAGAGUCUCGGAAAUGAUGGCAAAAACAAUCUUGAGAAUGCUGUUAUGUCAUGGUCAAAGGGUGAUCCCAAAGAUGCUCGUAAGGCUAGGUUCUCGGAUAAAGGAGAUCUGGCUUCUAGUAAAUAUCCAGCAUUUAGAAGAAGAAAACAUAUUUAUGUUAUUGCUGUAGAUGGAGAUUAUGAAGAUGGACUUUCUGAUAUUAUUCGAAGGAUAUUUGAUGCUGCCGGUAAGGAGAAGACUGAAGGUUCCAUUGGGUUUAUAUUGUCAACUUCCUAUUCUAUGCCAGAGAUUCAGUCAUAUCUGCUAUCAAAGGGCUUCAAUCUUAAUGACUUUGAUGCAUACAUAUGCAACAGUGGCAGUGAUUUGUACUAUUCAUCUCUGACCCCCGAGGAGAGUCCAAUUGUAGCAGAUUCGGAUUACCAUUCACACAUUGAAUACAGGUGGGGUGGAGAAGGCCUCCGGAGGACUUUGCUUCGCUGGGCAGCUUCAAUUGCUGUAAAGAAAGAUGAUAACGAAGAACAAGUUGUCACUGAAGAUAAUGAAGUUUCUACGGAUUAUUGCUUUGCUUUCAAGAUAAAGAACCAAGAUAAGGUUCCCCCUAGCAAGGAGCUCCGCAAGUCGAUGAGAAUUCAGGGUCUUCGCUGCCAUGUGAUCUAUUGUCAAAACGGGACUAAAAUGAAUGUGAUUCCCGUACUGGCAUCUCGUUCUCAAGCCCUCAGGUAUCUAUAUGUUCGUUGGGGCGUUGAUCUGUCAAAGAUGGUGGUCUUUGUUGGAGAAUGUGGAGACACCGAUUAUGAAGGCUUGCUUGGUGGAGUCCAUAAGAGCGUAAUCAUGAAGGGAGUCAGCAAUAAAGCAUUUAAAUCUCUCCACGCCAACAGAAACUACCCUCUUACACAUGUUGUGUCGCUUGACAGCCCCAAUAUUGGAGAGGUGGGGGAAGGGUGCAGCAGCUCUGAAAUCCAGUCCAUUGUGACAAAACUCGGAAAUUCUAAAGCCUGAUCAGAAUCUGAUGUAUGGUUCAUGUUUCAGAAACAUCAUGUACUGCUUUUGAUAUAAUUCAGAAUCACAGUAUUUACAGUUGGUUCAGUAGCGAUUAGUCGCUUAAUAAUCAUAUAAUUAUACUACCACUGUCAACUAGUAGCAUCGGUCCAAGUGUAACAAUAAAGGUGCAAAUGCUAGUAUGGAAAAUAAGCACUAGCUGCACUUAUUCUAUCCCUUCCCUGGAUUCGUUCCCUGUUUCAUGUCUUAUUUUUCCGAAAAUGUACAGCAUAGUGAAUUGUCUUUAGAUUUGUGCUCAUUUCAUUCAUUCCUGUAAUAUUAAACUUAAUCUGUUCGACGUGGUGGUUGACUGGUUUCAGUUUUCAAGUGAGCUCCAGUGCUUAGUCUGGUAUAAUAUUGAAGCAUUCAUUA